AUGGGGCGUUCAUCUUUGCUUGUCAUUGUCCUAAGCUUGUCUGUUAAACUUGGAAGCCUUAUUCAAACUUCACAUUCACUGGGCAACUCUGAUUCAGUCCGAAUAACUCGGAGCACACACAGACACAGUGAUGACCCGUACAGCUUGGCCAGCGGAGUGAUUGUCCAUUCAGAGAGCCACAGUGAGUCUGUGGAGGGCAGUGGACAUAAUGUUGACAGCACAGCGUCACAGAAACUCAUCAGUCAGACUGUAAUGUCGAAGAAGCCCGACCGAGCUGGAAAUGAAAACCGUUCUGGGUCUGGAAUCACAUUAACUACAACACCGGCACCUACUCUACACCACUCCGGGGCUCAUGACCAAGGAGCUGACGAAGCCAAUACAGGAUACACUCACUCUGGUGUCUCAGAGGAAGCUCUCUUGGAGGGCAGCCACAUAACAACUAAGGAACAGUUAAAAGAGAGUCAUGCGUCCACAGUAAAUGAUGGUUUUCUGGAUGGUAUGGACAGCCCCAAACUCCCCAUCCAAAACAAUGCAUUUACUUCAAUGACAAACAAGAACCUGUCGGGCCCUGGAGGUCCCUGUUUGCUUAAUAUUAGUCCUUGUGUUGUUCUUCCAAACUUUAACGGCACCAAUCUGCUCUGGGAUGACAUGAAGCGCACACUGGCAUUUGCCUGGGAACUACAUGUCUUUGGAUCUGCCAGCCUUUUCAUCUUGAUAGCAGUCCUGGCAGUGGUGGGAAUGGUUGGUGCGUGCACCCUUCCUCAUCCCCUCUGUGACGCCCUGAUCCUGGCAAAUAGUCUCCUGAUCCUCAGUGGUACUCUGCGCGGUGUCCUCCUUCUGCUUGAUCCUUAUGGCACCCGUCAGGUCCUGUCUCGUGCUACUCUGGCAGCGCUCCAUAACGUUCCUCUGCAGCUCCUGCUGUGGGCACAGGUUGAUCUCGCUCUGAUCACACUCAGAGGGUGGAAAUUAUUACUUUUCCCUCUAAAGCUGCAGCACCCAUGGGUGGUUGGAGGGUUGGCUGUAUCACAUUGCACUCCAUUACUUGUAGCAGACCUUUUCUCUCAAACUUUGUGCCCCACUCUCCCCCUGUUGCUACAGACCCUCACCCUCUGCUGGGGCCUCCCACUGUGCAUGGGAAUCCUCACUAAGUCUUUUUCUAAUCUACAUCCCUUUGUCAGGUCUUCUGUAUCUCAGUGGGUUCCUUCACAGAGGAUUGAGAGGCGUGCAAAUCGAGUAACAGCAGUGUGCGCCUUCCUCGGGUUUCUCUGCUGCAGCCUUCAGAUGUAUAGUCUCCUCUGGCUUUAUGGGCUACUGGGGAACUGGAGGCGCUUCGGCUGGGGCUGGUGGCUCAGUCAGUUUUGGGCCAGAAUCCUUGAGUUUGUUUGGGGAUUCUUUUUGCUUGUCCUGGGAUCCUGGAUCUUCUGGACGCCAUCUAGGGGUCAUCCAAGGGGCGAUCAUGGGCAGGGCAGAAAUGAGGUGGUUAAAGGGGUGGAGGAGAUGAGCUUGUGGAGUAACAUCUUGGCCAGCAUACAUAAAGGGAGAAGAAAAUCUGAGAAAACAUGGGAAGACCUGAUGCCAAAGAACUGGGCAAUGCAUAACCUGUCUAGAACAGGUUUCAGCAACAACUUAAUGAGUCCGUAUGAUGAUCAGCCAUCUACUAUUACACCAGAAUACAAGUUGGAUCCUGUUAGCAAAAGCAGCUCUGACCCUCAAGCUGCACUGCUGUGGCAAAAAGUUGGUGAACGUGAAUGUGUUCUCUCACUUAUAGAAUUUGACAUGCAGCCCCCAUCUCCUAUUAACCUCAGGCGCAGCAUUGACAGUGCCCUUCAUCAUGGAAAGCUUGUAGCAGGAGGCCUGUUCACACCUCCACCUCCCUCUUGGAGUCUCUCUUUGGGCACAGGCACCACUGAUGGAGAUGAUGGUACAACAAAAAUCCCUUCAGCUUAUGUUGGCUACGGGUGGAUGCUGGACACAGAGUCUAUUUCUGCAUCUCUGGACCAUUUCCAAGCUAAAGAGCCGAUAGAGUCACCCAGCGCUACCACUGAUUAUAAUGGUAGUGUUGGGACGCCAGGUAAUGCACAUCAGGGAGCGUUCUCAGAAGUGAUUCAUCAGCAUGGCUGGUCUGAUGACGAUGUCACGGAUCUCUAA